GCAGACCGGAGCUGUGCAUCGGGACCUGCUCAUCCACUUGUUGAGUUCACAACAGUUCACCGGAGCCGCUCUAUUUAAAGAGGCAACGGCAUGGCACACGGACUGGUCAGACGGGAGUCGGUGGAAACGGAGAUGCACAAGUCCGAGGACAAACAGAAAAACUUUGUGUACACCAAGAAGAGGGGCUACGAUGUGACCAGAAACCCCAACCUGAACAAGGGCAUGGCUUUCUCCCUGGAGGAGCGUCUCCAGCUGGGGAUCCACGGCCUGCUGCCUCCUUGCUUCAUCAGUCAGGACGUCCAGCUGCUCCGAGUGCUCAAGAACUAUGACAUGAAGAGAGACGACCUGGACAGAUAUGUGUUCCUGAUGGGGCUCCAGGAUCGCAACGAGAAGCUCUUCUAUCGGGUGCUGCUGUCAGACGUUGAAAGGUUUAUGCCCAUCAUUUACACUCCCACCGUGGGCCUGGCCUGCCAGCAGUAUGGCCUCAUAUUCAGAAGACCAAGGGGGCUGUUCAUCACUAUUCAUGAUCGUGGCCACAUUGCUUCAGUGCUCCAGAACUGGCCGGAAAAGGACAUCAGGGCAGUGUGCGUGACAGAUGGAGAGAGGAUCCUGGGGCUGGGAGACCUGGGCUGCUAUGGCAUGGGCAUCCCCGUUGGAAAGCUGGCCCUCUACACAGCCUGUGGAGGGAUGCCGCCACAGCAGUGCCUACCUGUCAUGCUGGACGUGGGCACAGACAAUGAGACACUUCUGAAGGAUCCUCUCUACAUUGGACUGAGGCAUAAGAGAGUGCGAGGCCAGGCCUACGACGACCUGCUGGAUGAAUUUAUGAAGGCUGUAUCAGACAGGUAUGGAAUGGACUGUCUGAUUCAGUUUGAAGACUUUGCAAAUGUUAACGCUUUCCGUCUGCUGACUAAGUACCGCAACCAGUACUGCACAUUCAACGAUGACAUUCAAGGUACCGCUGCUGUGGCAGUAGCUGGACUCCUGGCUGCCCUCCGCAUCACAAAAAGCAAAAUGUGCGACCAUACCAUUGUGUUCCAAGGGGCAGGGGAGGCAGCGAUGGGGAUUGCCGAGCUGAUCACGAUGGCCAUGGAGAAAGAAGGACUGGCUAAAGACGAAUGUUUGAAAAAAAUCUGGAUGGUCGAUUCCAAAGGUCUCAUUGUGAAGGGCCGAGACCACCUGACCCAUGAGAAGGAGAGGUUUGCUCACGAUCAUCCACACAUGAAGAAACUGGAGGAUGUGAUCCAGGAACUGAAACCUACAGCUAUCAUCGGUGUGGCGGCUGUUGCUGGAGCCUUCUCCGAGCAAAUCAUCAGGGACAUGGCCUCGUUCAACGAACGCCCGAUCAUCUUCGCCCUCAGCAACCCGACCAGCAAGGCCGAAUGUACCGCUGAGCAGUGCUACACACUCACAGAGGGGCGUGGCAUCUUUGCCAGCGGCAGCCCAUUCGACCCCGUCACCCUGCCUGAUGGGAGGACGUUCUACCCCGGUCAGGGCAACAACGCCUACAUCUUCCCCGGUGUGGGUUUGGGCAUCACUGCAUGUGCGAUACAACACGUUACUGAGGAGGUCUUCCUUACUGCAGCAGAGGCUCUUGCUCACCUGGUGACAGAGAAGGACCUGGCAGAGGGAAGGCUGUACCCUCCUCUCAGCUCCAUCAGGGACGUUUCCCUCAAACUGGCCGUCAAGAUCAUGGAGUACGCCUACGAGCACAACAUGGCCACGCUUCGCCCCGAGCCGUCCGACAAACAAGCGCACAUUCAUUCACUCUGCUACAGCACCGACUACGAUGAGUUUGUUGUUGACUCGUACCGCUGGCCAGAGGACAGUAUGAUGGUGCAGUCAUGCAAACUUUAAUGCACUGGACAGAGAGACAGAGUGAGACCUGGAGAGGCGACUCAACGACUGACAUCCAAUGUCAUCACAAGGCAUGAUGUUGGAAUAAAAAAGAAUCUAGAAUUUUCUCUUUAAUAUUGCUGUGAAAUAAAUGGUAACAACACACGUAGAGUUAUCUUCCUUUCUAGUAGUUUAAGCAUAGCAGGUAAAAAAAAUGUAAAAAACAGAAUUUAAAAGAUUUUACAGUUUAAAAACAGUGACAGGAGAUAAACUUGUAAAUUAGGAGACACAGAGUAAAACAGACGGUUGUUAUCACAUCAUUUUACAACAACAUAUCCAAAGAACGCGUCUCACGUACUGUAAUAGGAAGUUACUUAAUGAAUGUGUCCACUACCAUCCAAAAAGCGCUUUGUCAAAUAAAAAUGAUUUUGAUUAAUA